GCGCCCGGAAUAACACGACCGUCGCGCAACGUUACGUACCGUUGCGAGCCGGUGCGUCCGGUUGAAAUACCCUCGGCAUUUCGACCGUCGUAUGAUUACAUCCGAACGUGAUACCCGCAAUGAAAAUAACAUUCAGUUUCAGUAUCCUCCUCGGUGUCUUCGCAUAGCGUACCGAAGAGUUGCUCUUUUAAUUUUCCAUCAUCAAUUCCGCUUCAUUUCAGCAAUCGUGUCCGGAUCGUUAUGGGCAUACUAUCCGCGGUUACCAAAUUGGAUGGUCUCGGGACAUUGGUGAUCAUUUGAACGCUUCAACUCGGAACAGUCGACGCCGGAGAUCCGAAGUCGCUCCAGUGAAUUUUUCGGUACUACGGCCGCUGAAUCUUGUUUGCAGUGUAAUACACCAAUGGUUUUGAUCGGUACCGAUCAGAGAUGGGUUCAUAUUGUGUGUUUGUCUACAUUGCUGGGUGAUGUGUAAAUGACAUCCAACAUUAUAGACAACUGAAUAACAUAUUUUUGAACUGCUUAAGUAACGGAAUGCCAUGUCGGAAACUGUGACUGAUGUAAUUUUUAAAUCAGGCGAUAAUCGACUGAGACAGUUGGAAGCAUUAUUCUUAGGAGGUCCAAUUCAAGGACAAGGAAAAUGUUUCAGCAUUGAAACCCUUUUGGAUGUUUUACUCGUACUGUACGAUGAAUGCAAUAAUUCAUCUUUACGCAGAGAAAAGACCGUUUCAGAUUUUAUAGAAUUUGUAAAACCUGUGGCAACAUGUGUUAAGUCCUUGCGUUUGACUAGAGAUGACUUUGAGACUAUUAAGGUAAUUGGUCGUGGUGCUUUUGGAGAAGUAUGUGUUGUGCACAUGAAAGGAACAGAUAAAGUUUAUGCGAUGAAAAUUCUUAAUAAAUGGGAGAUGCUCAAAAGAGCAGAAACAGCAUGUUUUCAAGAAGAAAGAGAUGUUUUAGUAUAUGGUGACCGUAGAUGGAUAACUAAUUUGCAUUAUGCUUUUCAAGACGAAACAAAUCUGUAUCUAGUUAUGGAUUAUUAUUGUGGAGGAGAUUUAUUAACAUUAUUGAGCAAAUUUUUUGAUCGUCUUCCUGAAGAUAUGGCCAGAUUCUAUAUAGCAGAAAUGAUUUUAGCUAUAAAUUCAAUCCAUGAUUUACAUUAUGUGCAUCGAGAUAUUAAACCAGAUAAUGUACUAUUGGAUGCUAAUGGUCAUAUACGAUUAGCAGAUUUUGGAUCGUGUUUAAAAGUGGGUUCAAAUGGCUUUGUUGAGAGCAAUGUUGCUGUUGGUACACCAGAUUAUAUAUCUCCCGAAAUACUGCAAGCUAUUGAAGAUGGACAAGGUUGUUAUGGACGUGAAUGUGAUUGGUGGUCAUUGGGAGUAUGUAUGUAUGAAAUGAUAUAUGGAGAAACUCCAUUUUAUGCUGAAUCUCUCGUUCAUACUUAUGCUAAAAUAAUGAAUCACAAGAAUUGUUUUGACUUCCCAAAUGAUCCAGAAAUACAAGUUUCUGAAGAAGCUAAAGAUCUAAUGAAAAAACUUAUUUGCAGUGCUGACCAAAGACUUGGUCAAACUGGUAUUAAAGAUUUCAAAGAACAUAAUUGGUUUAUUGGUGUAGAUUGGGAAACUAUCAGAGAUAGUGUCGCACCAUAUAUUCCUGAAGUGUCUAGUCCUACUGAUACAAGUCAUUUUGAUGUUGAAGAAAUUGAUAUUAAAACUGAUAUUUUCCCUCCUACUCCAUCUAAUCCUAUAUUUUCUGCCCUUCAUUUACCUUUUAUUGGAUUUUCAUUUACUCAAAAUAGUUUUGUAUCAGAUCUUGGAUCUAUUGGAAAAUCACUUUCCUCAGGAAAAACAACUAAACGAAUGAGAUCACAAGAAGAAAAAACUGAAGUUGAAGACUCUGAAGAUCAACUGAAGAAAUAUAAAGAGAAUAAAAUCACUCAUAAUACUUCUAUUGGUGACGAAAAAGAAUUAGAUAUUAUUAUAAAAAAAUUUCAACAAGAAAAAGAAGAACUACAAAAGGAAAAACAAGAAACACAAGAAAAACUUAAAGCUCAAGAAAUUGAAUUAAUGGAUGCUUUGGGACAAAAAAAUAGUGCUAUGACUGAAUAUGGGCAUGUUACUAAUAAAUUAUCUGAGCUUAGACAGCAUAAACAAAAACUCUCUAGACUGGUUAGAGAUAAAGAAGAAGAGUUAGAAGAAGCCAUGUCUAAAAUAGACGUAUUACGUCAAGAAGUUCGUCGUUCAGAAAAAGUUCGAAGAGAACUAGAGAGUAGAUUAGAAGAAUCUAAAGCUGAAGUUAUAAAUGAACGUAAAUUACGAGAAAAAAAUGAAGAAAUGUGUCAUCAAUAUAAAAUUGAAAUUGAAAGAUCAAAUCCAUCAUAUUCUGAAAAUGCUUUUGAAACUAAUGAAAAUUCUAACCAAAGAGCAAUGCAAGAAAUAAUUCGAUUGAAGGCAGAAAUAGAAAGAUUAGAAUUAGAAUAUAAUGAAAACAUCAGCAAGGAACAAGCAAAAUACAAUAUGGAAACAAAUAAAUUGAAAGAUCAAAUUUUUGAAAAUGAGGUCAAUCAAAAAACAUUAGAAAAAGAAAAAAAAGAGAGUAAUGAUAUUUUGCGAUCUAUCGAAUUUGAACAUAAAAGAUUGAAAGAUGAAUUACACUUAAAAAAGCAGACAAUAAAUCAAUUGGAAUCUCAAAUUUCUGACAUAAUUCAAUGGAUAAGUGAUGAAAAAGAUGCUCGAGGUUAUUUGCAAGUGCUAGCAGCAAAAAUGAAAGAAGAAUUAGAAUAUUUGAAACAAUGUCCAACUAAUAAUGGGCAAUCAGCAUUGGACAAUAGUUGGAGAAAUAGAAGAAGUCAAAAACUUGAUAAAAUGGAACUUUUAAAUCUUCAAAGUUCUUUGCAAUCGGAAAUUCAAGCUAAACAAUCAAUUGGUGAAGAGUUGAGCAAAACACGAUCAGAAUUAAUUGCAAUGCAAAAGGAAUUGAGAGAAUUUCAUCAACGAUAUGAAACAUUAGUUUAUAAUAUGAAAGAUAAAGAUGAUGUGAUAAAAGAAUUACAGAAUCAAUUGGAUGCUAGGCAGUCUUUUUUAGGUCAAACUUCAUGCUCUCCACUAUCCUAUUUUGAUCACUUUUUAAAUGAAUCUGCAACUGGAAAUAGUAAUAAAUCAAAUUUAAAUGACAGUGUUGAUAGUUAUGAUAGAAGUUUUGAUGAUAAUAAAGCAUUGUCAUUGUCAAUUAGAAAGUCCAGCUUUUCAGAUUUCAAUAAUUCAGUUAAUAAUCCUAACAGUUUAAUAAACGAAAAAGGAAAAUGUCAUCAGUUUAUUGUUAGAACUUUUUCAUCUCCAACCAAAUGUAAUCACUGUACAUCAUUAAUGGUUGGUCUUGUACGUCAAGGUGUAAUAUGCGAAGUGUGUGGAUUCGUGUGUCACACAAUUUGUUCUGAUAAAGUUCCUUUGCUUUGUCCAGUGCCAGCAGAUCAAACGAAACGACCUUUAGGAAUUGACCCUACUCGUGGUAUAGGUACUGCUUAUGAAGGCUAUGUGAAAGUGCCAAGAUCUGGUGGUGUUAAAAAAGGAUGGGUGAGGCAAUUUGUGGUAGUAUGCGAUUUCAAAUUAUUUCUAUAUGAUAUUUCGCAAGAUCGUAAUGCAUUACCUGCGGUAACAGUAUCACAAGUGUUAGAUAUGCGUGAUCCAGAGUUUGCAGUUUCUUCUGUUAGAGAGUCUGAUGUCAUUCAUGCUGGAAAAAAAGAUAUACCUUGUAUAUUUCGUAUUACCACAUCACUUUUGGACCCACCUGGAGUAAAAAAUCAAACACUAAUGUUAGCUGAUACAGAAAGUGAAAAAAAUAAAUGGAUUGUUGCUUUAAGCGAAUUGCAUAGAAUAUUGAAACGGAAUAAUUUACCAAAUAUGACGGUAAUAUUUAAAGCAAAAGAACUUCUAGAUAAUACAAUUACCAUUACUAAAAAUGCUAUGGCAAGUGCUGUUAUUGAUCCUGAUCGUUUAGUAAUUGGUACAGAAGAUGGUUUAUAUUGUAUAGAUUUAGAUCAAUUAGAAAUUGCCAGAAUUGGAGAAGCAAAAAAAAUUUAUCAAAUAGACUACAUAACAGAAGAGCAGCUUAUUAUUGUGUUGUCUGGUAAACAAAGACAAGUUCGUUUAAUUCCUGUACGGGCUUUAGAUGGUGAUGAAGUUGAAUGGGUUAAAGUUGUUGAAAGUAAAGGCUGUAUUACAUUUUGCACUGGUUUGAUGAAAAAAUAUCCUGGAAUGACUAAUCUUCAAUAUUGUUUAUGUAUAGCUGUAAAAAGACAGAAUACUUCUCAGGUCAUAAUUUAUGAAGUAACCAGGACUAAACUAAGGCAUAGACGACUAAGGGAAAUAAUGCUUCCCUCUCAAGCUCAAAGUUUGACAAUAUUUACUGAUGGACGACUGUGUGUUGGCUAUCACUCUGGUUUUAGUGUAUACCAUAUAACUGGAGAUCAUCAUCCGAUUUCUUUGGUGCACCCCGAUAAUCAUAUGAUGGGUUUUUUAUCAUAUUCUGCAAUGGAUGCUAUAAAAGCAAUUGAACUACCCAGAGGAGAGUUUUUACUUAUUUUUCAAUCGUUAGGUAUUUAUGUAGAUUCUCAAGGUCGAAAAUCUAGAGACAGAGAAAUCAUGUAUCCUAGUGACCUUAUUGAUGCUAGUUAUUGUGAUGGUCAUUUAUUAAUAUAUAGCGACACACAUAUAAAUAUAUUCAAUGCUGAUAGUGGUGAUUGGAUUCAGACUUUAAAUUUACGAAAUUCACAUCCUAUUAAUAAUACAGGCUCUUUGACUGUUUGUUUUAUUGAUGAUUUGCCAUGUAUUGUAUACUUAUCCAAUGUACACCAAAGAGAACUUAUUAAUAUCAGAUGGAGAGAUAUGACUGGAAGUAUGCCAAUCCCACGUACUAGAAGAAGGUUUUCUAUACGCGAAGGACAAAAGGCUAUCCGAGGACCUGAUCGCAGGUCUAAAAUAAUAUCGGCUCCAACUAAUUUUAACCAUAUUAGUCAUAUGGGCCCUGGAGAUGGUAUACAAAUUCAAAGAUUACUUGAUUUACCUACAACAGUUGAGACUGCUGAUUCAAUGCCACCAACUAAACCUCUUCCACCAUUUACUUCUACUACUAGUAAACAUUCAUUUCAAAUUUCAAGAAGUCCAUCACAACAACAUUCGACUUUAAGUGACAAAUUCAAAAUGGCGAGAGCAAAAUAUGGGAUUGACAUGACUCGUCAAUCACCUGAAGAAAGUAAAAAUUUAAUAUUACGGUCAGAUAUUAAUAAAACUAUUUACCAUCCAAUUGUUGGAUCUACCUCAAAAAGAUCAUAUAUAAAAAAGAAAACAAUACUUCAACCUAGAACACCAGAAUCGUUUGGCUCUAAUUAUCCUCAUCAUCAUUCAGAUACAGAUCUGCCACCAAAUAUGUCUCAUUCGUUAAAUCGCAGUAUAUCAUCCUUAAAUGAAUACAAAGAUCAUCAGAUUGGAAGUUCAAGACAUUCCGUAGCAUCAAACAACAGUAGUAAUACAAGCACUCCACCAAGUCCAAAUCGUGAGCAUGGAUCAUCUAGUUAUGAUAGUUAAAUAUUUAAAUAAUUUUUUUUUUCGUAUCAAUUGGUUAAGAUUAUUAUUAUGGUUAAAUGUGUUAUACAUGACUAACACACUAAACAUUGUUUAAUAUUACUUUUAAUAGAUAUUGGAAACUAUUAAUAAUUUAGUAUAAACAUU